CUUUUUCUCAGAAACCAGGGGGCUGUCAGAGAGGGAGUUCGCUGUGCUGCAGCCCUCUGACACACACAACAUCAGCAGCAGCAGCAGCAGCAGCUAUGUGGCUUUAGUAGUUUGCAGGACCGAAUCACAAUUUCACCACCGAGUCACUUCCAGCCGGUGUUUGGGAUCCUAUGUUUGGAAAUGUUUUCUUAAAUUGUUGCUAGCUAACUGGUUAGCUUUCGGGUUAGCUUGACGUUUUGGACCGUCUUUUGCUAAUUUGUUCCUCUCCAGACCCGAAAUUCAAACUAAAUCUUCGGCAGAGCAAUACCGUCUGCUGGAUUUAAAACAAAUUGGACCGCUUAAGAUGGAGUCGGAUGAUGUUUUUGUCUGCACCAGUCCUGUUAAGACCGUAUUGAAGAGCAGGCCCGACGGGAUCCCCGGGCUUUCCUCGCUCUGCCUGCCCGAGUUGAGCACAAAGAACAUGCACUGCAGGGACCUGUUCUCCCCUGGACCCGCCACUGUGCUGUCUCCUGUCACCAAUUUGGCUCUGGACAUGAACAACUUAGCUGGACUCGGAAGCCUGUGUGAUACCCCGAAAAGGAGAAAGCAUGCACCCCUUGAGAAGGUUCCCUCCUUUGCUUCUGAUGUGUCAUCUGAUGCUGGCCUCGGCAUGGACCUCCCCAGCCCCAUGGAUGCUGUUGAAAUGGAUGACACAUUUGAAAAGGCCAUUCAACAGUCGAGCAGAGUUGUCAACGAGAGGAUGCCAAUUAGAAGAAUCAACUCAUUGCCGCUCCAGCUCCAGAGUUACAGUCCAUCUCUGAAAGGACAGGAAACAGAUUCCCACCGCUAUGGAAUAUUCGGACAACAACCCUCCCAAAUGGCGGCCUCCUCCUCCUCUCAACGCGACAACAAGGAAAACGUGCCGAAGGAGGGCUUUGAAUUCAAGAAACCAACCAAGCCGGUGUCGCGGUGUCGCGUGCGCUCCUUCAACAGCAGUCAGGCCAGGGACGCGCUCGCCCGCCGCCCCAGCUCCGCUCCGGCCCUCAUGGUACUUCAGCUUGUGAUGAACGAGCGUUCAAACACCUGUUUCUGGAAAGACUCUAACACGUCUUUUCUGUCGUUCCGGUUUUUGUCGCCCCUGCCGAUCCAGCAGCUGGACUUCUUUGACUCCAGCCCCAUGUUCCUGAGGCGUUCCUCCCCCACAUCCUCUCUGAACGACGACGAGGACGACGGCUUCCUGGACGUUCUGGAUGACAACAUGGAGAACAACUGUGGGAUGCCGAUGGGAAUGGCCAGCCUGCUCACUGCCCCGCUGGUGACCGACAGUUCAGGAGAAGACUCUCCCGUGAUUCGCUGCCGGCCACGCAGCCUGUUUCGCUCCCCCUCCAUGCCCAGUCCGCUCCCGCUCCGUCUCUGCGCCAAGCGUCCCGACUGCUCCGGAGACGAAAACACACCGGUCCGGGUGAAGAGGCGACGCAGCGUGGCAGGAACACAGGUCACCACCGUGGAACAGAACCCUGAAUCCCCAAGACUGGGUUGCUCUCUGCUCCAGAGGUCCAAGUCCUUCUGCCAGACAGACAUCGAGAAGCUGCUGGACGGCGAGGACGGUUCUAACGAGCUGAUAGGAGAUUUCACCAAGCCUUUUGUACUCCCCACAGUGGACGGCAAACAUCAAGACCUCAAGUACAUCACCCCGGACACGAUGGUGGCAGCUCUGUCCAGCCAGUUUAAUCAUCUCGUUGAGCAAGUUAUUGUCAUGGACUGCCGCUACCCCUACGAGUUUGAUGGGGGACACAUCAAGGGCGCCCUGAACCUGCACCAGGAAGACCAGGUGGAGGACUUCCUCCUCAAAACGCCCAUCGUCCCGUCCUGCCCGGACAAACGAGUCGUCGUCAUCUUCCACUGCGAGUUCUCUUCGGAGCGCGGCCCUCGAAUGUGCCGGUUCGUCAGGGAGCGAGACCGCGCCGCCAACGAGUAUCCCAACCUCCACUACCCCGAGCUCUACAUCCUCAAGGGCGGAUACAAAGACUUCUUCCCUCACUUCCAGUCACAAUGUGAACCUCAGUCCUACCGGCCCAUGCACCACGAAGACUUCAAGGAGGACCUGAGGACGUUUCGCCUCAAGAGUCGCACCUGGGCCGGGGAGCGCAGCAAGAGAGACAUGUACAGCCGACUGAAGAAGCUCUGAGCGCCUCCUCGUCCUCCCUAACUGCCUCUAAAACACACUGA